AUGUCGAAGGCGGAGGUGCUCUGGCAGGUUGUCGGCGGAGCUGCUAGCGGCGGAAUCGUGGUCCGAAGUGGUGCAUCCCUGACAACGCAGCAAGCCGAUCUUCGCUUGGCCAACGGUGCCAUCGUGCAGCAGUUGGAGGCAAAGUCGGUGCGAGGCUCAGGGCGACUGCGCUAUGAGCUGGUCCGUGGGACUGGGCCUAGCACUGGAUGGGUGAGCCUCUGCCUGCACGGAAAGGACUUGCUUAAGAGAUGCAGCGCGGUGCCGGAGAGUAGCAAGGAUGCAGGCACUGAGCAAGUGCUUGCAAAGCUCCAGAAAGAUAUCGUGGCGAGUGCACCGGCUUAUUCGAUGUCCCCGACGCCCAUGCCAUGGGUGCCUCAAGGAUCCUCUGGCUGCACAAGCUACAAGGGACAGUGCCCGACAGCACAGGACAUCGCAAAGGGCUAG